GGUUUCAUACGCAUGGUCCGUGCGCUCGUGACGUGUUGUUUUGCAGGAUUGCGUGUCGAUUAGCAUACAAGGCCUCCCACUUGUUCCUUGCCACCCGAGGAACCUGCGUUUUCCUUCCCCCAACGGUUUAGAUCCCGAUAAAACUCGUCCGGUGAAAUUAAGAGGCUGUAGUCAUCGAGCGCCAAGAUUCGGUGAAAUAGUUCGCGCAGUAAUCCCAUCCAUUUUUCCGUAUCGGGUUAAAAUUUCCGAACGACCAGUGAAUUUUUUUUGAAACCAUGGAUACGGUUUCAACGACACUCCUGCUUCUCGGCGUCGGCGCUUUAACAGUAUUCGUGACCUGGGUACGAGGGAGAAUUUUUUAUUGGCAGCUCAGGGGUGUCCCAGCUGCAAGCUCAGUGCCCUUCCUGGGAAGUUACAUGCCGUUGUUUCUACGGAAACUGGCGCUACCCGAUUUUCAAAAGUAUCUAUACACCAUAGACAUGGAGUCGAAAUACAUAGGAAUGAUGGACUUCAACACGCCGUCUAUUCUCGUCAGAGAUCCCGAGCUCAUAAAGCAGCUUGGCGUCAAACAGUUUGAAGAGUUUCCGGACCACAAGCCUGUCGUUGGCGAGAAUACCGAUUCGUUUUUCGGGAAAAUGAUGUAUUUUGUGACGGGUAGCCGAUGGAAGGAAAUGAACGCCGUGAUUAGACCGGCCUUUACGUCCAGCAAGAUCAAGUUCAUGUCCGAGCUCGUGUCAGAGACCGCGACUGACUUCGUUGCCUACCUUUUGCGACAUCCUGAGCAGACUUCGUCGAUAGAAAUGAAAGAUGCCUUCACACGAUUCACCGCCGACGCCAUAGCCACAGCAGCAUUUGGCUUGAGGGUCAAUUGUAUGGAGGAUAAAAACAACGCUUUUCACACUUGGGGUAAACGGGCCACGGAUCUAAGCAGUUCGUUGGUUCUAUCGAAAAUUAUUUUAUUCCGCGUUUGUCCGCGGCUAUCGCGUUGGUGGGGCAUGUCCCUCAUCUCGGAAAAGUCGGCAAAGUUCUUCAAGGAUUUUGUCAAGGAGAACUUGGCAAGUAGAAAAAAGCUGAACAUCGCGAGGCCGGAUGUUAUCCACCUGCUUUCACAGGCCAGUAAGAAAAACGACGGCAUAGUCAUCACUGUUGACGACGUUAUCGCCCAGGCGUUCAAUUCCUUCUUCGCCGGUUUCGACACCUCCUCGACGCUGAUGUGUUACACCGCCUACGAGCUGGCCGUUAAUCCGGACAUACAGGAUCGUCUUCGGGACGAGAUUGACCGGUGCCUUCGGGAUAACCGUGGAAUCAUAUCGUACGAAUCGCUCAACGACAUGAAGUAUCUCGAUGCCGUUGUCGCCGAAGCGCUCAGGAAAUAUCCACCGCUGCCAUUCACCGACAGGAUAUGUCGCAAAUCCUUUGAAUUACCUCCUGCUCUUCCCGGGAUCGAUUCGUUCACUCUGCAGCCAAAUAUGGUCGUCUAUUUUCCGAUUUACGCGAUCCAUCACGAUCCCAAGUACUUUCCGGAUCCCGAAAAAUUUGAUCCGGAACGUUUCAAUAAGGUAAACAAAGCCAAGAUCACACCCUAUACUUAUAUACCCUUCGGAGUUGGCCUCAGAGUUUGUCUGGGUGAUCGGUUCGCCUUGAUGAGCAUUAAGCUGAUCUUAGCUCAUUUGCUGGCAGAGUUCGUUUUAAAGCCGACAUCGAGAACUCCGAUUCCGCUGAGAUUUUCUAAAAAGUCUUUAACCAUGGGUGUAGAGGAUGGAUUUUGGCUUGAAUUACUACCAAGGAAAUCCUGUUUUAAUUAAGUAUUUAAAUCCGAGAUAUAUCUCAUGUUAUUAUUAUUUUUAUUCUUUACUCAUAGCCUGAAUUUCAUUCUCGCAGAGUAGUACUCCUAGUUUCAUUCUUUUCUCCUUCAUUUAAUCAUCAAUUCGACCAAAAUGAACAAUUUUUUCCGGAUACCCUUUGCAUAUUGAGUUACUUACACGUAUGUGCUACAUUUAAUUCAGGAUUUCACAAUCCCAGAGGACUCUUUUCUUACCAGUAGCGUAGUUUGUAUUAUAAUGAAGCAAUAAAAUGUGUGAAAAUGGAUAAAAUAAAAUGAAUGAU